AUGAACAGUAGCGACGGUAGAAGAGGGGGGGAGGUGCCCAGUAGCUAUUGCCCACCCUACCGCAGCGCGUCCAUCUCGUUAGACACAAACAAGAGCAACACCGCAAUGACGUACACUGUGCCCCCCCGGGAUGCGAAGAACCUUCACAUGGAUUCCAAGUCGGACGACAUAGAAAUGUACGUAGAAAAUAUGCUUAAUGAACUGAAGGGGAAAAUGCAAAACUUGUCCAACAAUUUGCUAAGCAAGGUGGACAACAUGGAAAAGUCCUUGGAUGAAUUGGAGCAGGUCAUGUUAAGUUUUUCGAACAAGGCGGACAGGUGA